AUGUCACCCCCAUCCACAAAGACAACUGAGGAGAAUUCCGUCUCCAACGAAAAUAAUGUGUCAAAUGAGAAAAAUCCACAACUAUCGAUGUCACCGUUGAGUAAAAUUGAAAAAGUUGUGGUUCACCCACUAGUACUUUUAAGUGUUGUUGAUCAUUUCAAUCGUAUGGGUAAAAUCGGUAAUUCUCAACGAGUCCUCGGAGUCUUACUUGGCUCCCUCAAGAAUAAAAUUCUGGAUGUUUCCAACAGUUUUGCACUACCAUUCGAUGAAGAAGAAAAAGAAAAAGAUGUUUGGUUUCUUGAUCAUGAAUAUUUAGAAAAUAUGUAUACAAUGUUUAGAAAAGUCAACGCUCGAGAACGUAUUGUUGGAUGGUAUCACACGGGUCCAAAAUUACAUCGAAAUGAUAUUUCAAUCAAUGAACUGAUUCGAGGAUAUCAUCCCGAUUCGGUUUUAGUUAUAAUCGAUGCUAAACCAAAAGACUUAGGUCUACCCACUGAAGCUUACAUUGCUGUGGAGGAAAUACACGAUGAUGGAACUCCAGCAUCAAAAACCUUCGAACAUUUACCGUCGGAAAUCGGUGCCGAGGAAGCUGAAGAAGUCGGUGUUGAACAUCUUCUCCGUGACAUUCGUAAUGCAACCGUUGGCACGCUUUCACAACGUAUAACAAAUCAAUUAAUGGGUCUCAAAGGUCUAACCAAAAGUCUAUACGAUGUUCGUGCUUAUUUGGACAAACUCUUAGCAAAUAAACUGCCAUUAAAUCAUCAAAUUCUAUCUCAUAUCCAGGAUAUGUUUAAUUUAUUACCAGAUGUAACCCAUCAAGAUUUAAUUAAAUCGAUUUAUGUUAAAACUAACGAUGAAAUGUUACUGGUGUAUCUUUCAUCAUUGAUUCGUUCGAUCAUCGCAUUGCAUAAUUUAAUUAUGAAUAAAAUACAAAAUUCAGAUGCUGAAAAAGGCGAGAAUAUCACUUCGACUGCGACAGUCACUGAAAAGAAAACGGAAAAGGGAAGUGGAGACAAACCUACAACCAAUUCCAAUUGA